CCUGCCACUCUCCCCAGACUUCCUUCUCCCAUCCGACAUGCCCUGAUCCGUCCGCGAUAUCUCAACGAUUUACGACUGAUAACCAACCAUCCUCCAAGAAUGGCCAAAGGACCAUCCGAGGCACCGUCGCCCACGACCGCAACGCCUCCGUCCGCGGCGUUGAAACGCACCACGUCCAGCACCCAGAACAUGAAAAGCCAGAAGUCGAUUCUGGGGUUUUUCCAAAAGUCCUCGCCGUCCACGCCGUCCGCUGCGAGAAGCAGAGAGCCUGCCUCGUCGCCCGCUGAGAGGGCUUCCGCUCAACGUGGGGCAGGAUCGGCUAAGAGUGUCGCGAAAAAAAAGAGUGUGCCGCAAUUUACGCAGGACUUGCCUCCAGUUCCUAGUAGUGAUUUGGUGGCUCCUGAAGAGGAAGAGGAUAAUGCGCCGCCAGUGGAUAAGACCGCGACGUCGCCGUCUCGCCGGGCUAAGAAGCAAGUGAACUAUGUCGAGUCCGACUCCGAGGGCGAAGGUGAUGCCGAUAAGAUAUUUCGCCCGACCGGUAGGAAUGGCAGAGCGAACAAAAGACGGAGGCUAUCCCCAGAAAGCGACGAUGAGUUCGAGGGAGCAGAAGACUUAGAUGGUGGCUCAGACGAUGAGAUGGACGAUUUUAUCGUCGCCGACGAGUCGGACGAGGAAGUCAAAGCACCAAAGAAACGCAAGCAGGCCUCUCAGCCGCGAAACAAAUCCUCGUCUAUGCCUCCCCCGCCGUCAUCAGACCACGAGCUCGAGCUUGAUAUUCCGGAAGCAUCCGGUGGCACCGCAUUGAAAUGGACGUACGACCCCAACAGCGCGGAGCCUCGCCAGGCCAGAGCCCCCCAACAGACACCGAAGAACCCCUCCAGUGCGAAGAAACAGAAAGCACAUGUGACGGAGCCGGAGCAGCGCUACUCCUGGCUUGCGAAUAUUCGUGAUAUCGAUGGAAAUCCUGCCGGUCACCCUGAUUAUGAUCCCCGCACGUUGUACAUCCCGCCUUUGGCCUUUUCUCGGUUCUCGCCCUUUGAGAAGCAAUAUUGGGAGAUCAAGCAGAAAUUCUGGGACACCGUUGUCUUCUUCAAGAAGGGUAAAUUCUAUGAGCUCUACGAGAAUGACGCCACCAUUGGUCACCAGCUGUUUGACCUGAAGCUCACGGACCGUGUCAACAUGCGUAUGGUCGGUGUGCCCGAGAUGAGCUUGGACCAUUGGGCAAACCAGUUCGUAGCCAAGGGAUUCAAAAUCGCCCGCGUGGAUCAGAUCGAGUCAGCCCUGGGUAAGGAGAUGCGCGAGAGAGAUGGCAAGAAGCCAGGGAAGGAGGACAAAGUUAUCAAGCGAGAACUGUCUUGUGUCCUUACGGCUGGAACUCUCGUCGAGGGAUCCAUGCUCCAGGAUGACAUGUCCACCUAUUGUGUCGCCAUCAAGGAAUCAACUGUCAAUGACCUCCCUGCUUUUGGACUGGCUAUCGUUGACACCGCCACGGGUCAAUUCUUCCUAUCACAGUUCGUUGACGACGUGGACAUGACUCGGUUCGAGACGUUCGUCGCGCAGACCCGUCCGCAAGAGCUGCUUCUGGAAAAGUCUGCGGUAUCGCAAAAGGUCCUCCGCAUUUUGAAAAACAAUACGGGUCCUACGACGCUUUGGAACCACUUAAAGCCUGGAAAGGAGUUCUGGGAAGCCGACAUCACGGUCAGGGAACUGGAUGCGAGCGAAUACUUCGUCUCGGAUGAUGCGGACAAUAUCCAAGCAUGGCCUCCGGCCCUUCGCGAGGCUCGCGAGAAAGAGCUGGUCAUGUCAGCUUUUGGGGCUCUGGUGCAAUAUCUUAGAUUGUUGAAGAUUGAGCGGGAUUUAAUUACCAUUGGCAACUUCUCCUGGUACGAUCCGAUCAAGAAGACAUCCAGCCUGGUUCUCGACGGUCAAACGCUCAUCAACAUGGAAAUCUUCGCAAACUCCUAUGACGGAGGCUCGGAAGGGACGCUCUUCCAGCUUCUCAACCGCUGCAUCACACCUUUCGGGAAACGGUUGUUUAAGCAGUGGGUUUGCCAUCCACUGGUGGAUGCAAAGAAGAUCAACGCGAGACUGGAUGCCGUGGAAGCUCUCAAUGCUGACCCUACCGUUCGGGAUCAGUUCUCGUCGCAGUUGGUCAAGAUGCCCGACCUCGAACGUCUCAUCUCCCGCAUUCACGCAGCCAACUGCAAAGCGCUGGAUUUUCUGCGCGUACUGGAAGGCUUCGAGCAAAUUGAUUACACCAUGAGCCUGCUCAAGGACACUGGCUCGGGCGAUGGGGUUAUUGGCCAACUGAUCAACGCGAUGCCCAACUUGCAGGAUCUGCUGGAAUACUGGAAAACCGCAUUCGACCGCUCCAAGGCGAGAGAGCAUGGAAUUCUUGUUCCCAAGCCGGGGGUGGAAGAGGACUUUGACACAUCUCAGGAGCAUAUCGAGCAGCUGCACAAGGACCUCGAUGAUCUCCUGAAACGCGCACGGCGCGAACUUGGCUCCAGCGCCAUCUGCUACAGGGACAACGGCAAAGAGAUCUACCAGAUGGAGGUGCCCAUCAAGGUAAAGAACGUGCCCAAAUCUUGGGACCAGAUGUCAGCCACCAAGCAGGUCAAACGGUACUACUUUCCCGAGCUGCGCAGUGUGAUCCGCAAGCUGCAAGAGGCCCAAGAGACACACAGUCAGAUAGUCAAGGAGGUUGCUGGACGAUUUUAUGCCCGAUUUGACGAGAAUUACGCUGUUUGGCUGGCGGCCGUUAAAGUUAUCUCGCAGCUGGACUGUCUGAUCAGUCUGGCCAAGGCGUCUGCCUCCCUGGGUGAGCCCAGCUGUCGUCCUCAGUUUGUGGAAGCCGAGCGAAGCGUUCUUGAAUUCGAAGAACUGCGCCACCCGUGCCUCCUCUCGUCUGUUGACGAUUUCAUCCCUAACGAUAUACAACUCGGCGGCGAACGCCCUAACAUCGAUCUGCUUACCGGAGCCAACGCUGCUGGUAAAUCCACAGUCCUUCGCAUGACCUGCGUCGCAGUCAUCAUGGCCCAAAUAGGCUGCUACCUCCCCUGCGAAUCCGCACGCCUCACCCCCGUCGACCGCAUCAUGUCCCGCCUCGGCGCCAACGACAACAUCUUCGCCGCGCAAUCAACCUUCUUCGUCGAGCUCUCCGAGACCAAGAAAAUCCUCUCCGAAGCGACCCCCCGCUCCCUCGUCAUCCUCGACGAGCUCGGCCGCGGCACCAGCUCCUACGACGGCGUAGCAGUCGCACAGGCCGUCCUGCACCACGUCGCGACGCACAUCGGUGCGCUCGGCUUCUUCGCCACACACUACCACUCUCUCGCCUCGGAGUUCGACAACCACCCCGAGAUCGCGCCCAAGCGCAUGAAGAUCCACGUCGACGACGACAACCGCCGCAUCACCUUCCUUUACAAGCUGGAGGACGGCGUCGCGGAGGGCAGCUUCGGCAUGCACUGCGCGUCUAUGUGCGGUAUCCCCGAGAAGGUCAUCCAGACUGCUGAGAAUGCUGCUCAGCAGUGGGAGCACACUAGUCGGCUUAAGGAGAGUCUCGAGCGUCGUAAGGGCGGCGGCUUCGUUGCGCUGGGCUGGUGGAGUGAUGUCGCUUGGGCUUUGCGCGAGUCGGAUUCUACGGCUGAGACGGAUGAGAAUAGUGGGGAGGCCAGUGAGAGGAGCUUGGAGGUGCUUCGUAGAGCUAUCGAGGCGUUGUGAGGGUCGAUUUAUAGACUUUCUCAAUAGCCUGUGCUCUGCUUAUACGUUUUAGUAUUAUGGAUCGGCGUGGUUUGUUUUAUUUGAUUGACAUAUGAUGUGAUCUUUGUUGUUACUUUUGUCGUUGUUUUUCUUUUUCUUCUAUACAUGCUCGAUGGUUUAUAAGGAUGUGUGGUCUUCAGCGGUGGAAAGCUAAUGGGUUUGAAUUAUAUGGUUUCGGGUAUAUACCCUUGAAAAUGACACUUAGAGUGGAAUCUAG